AGCGGAACCUUUGAGCAGAGCAGAGAAUUUCCAUACGGACACAACAGCAACGGACCACAACGCCAGCGAGAUGGAAGUGAAAAAUGCAAAUGCUGCAAUGCUCAGUAACUACGAGGUGUUUAAACUCCUUACAGACUUGAAGGAACAGCGGAAAGAUAGUGGGAAGAGCAAACACAGCGUGGCGCAGCAGGACCUCAACACCAUCAUGUAUGAGACGCUGAAGUACCUGUCAAAGACACCAUGCAGCAGACAAAGUCCUGAGAUUGUCAAAAAGUUCCUCACCAUCAUGUUGCCUCACAAGCUCACAAAGGCAGAAAAACUGCAGCUUUUGAACCACCGGCCACAGACUGCAGUGGAAAUUCAGCUGAUGGUAGAAGAGAGUGAAGAGCGGUUAUCCGAGGAGCAGAUUGAGGAGCUCAUCCAUACACUCACAGGUGUCCUGCCAGGCGACCCAGAGCAGGAAAAUGCGGCUGGAGCAGAUGUAGAGAUGGAUGAAGGUGGCGAGCAGUCAUGACCCAGUGACUCCAAACUUACUUGUGCAUGAAGAACUGGUGAUGAGGCUAAAGGCCAGGCACAAGGACUGAUGGGCUCCAACUGCAGCAGUUUUACAUCACUGUUAAAACUGAGCAACAUGCUGGCAGGAAGGACAUCCAGAAGCUGCUGACCAUUAAAAAGGACACCAGUAUUAAUGUUCAUGUAGAUAUGUUCGGCUGUUAACUUUGGCAUGUAAAUAAACAGACUGUAUGGACCAAGUAUUGAUCAUUGGCACCAAUAAAACAGCUAAAGUGAGUAUUAAACUCUGUCAUUUUAACUGACAACACAGAAUUUAAACUCAACAUCUGCCUUAACUAAGUUCUUAUACAGGACUGUCUCAGAAAAUUUGAAUAUUGUGAUUUUCUGUAAUGCAAUUACAAAAACAAAAAUGUCAUACAUUCUGGAUUCAUUACAAAUCAACUGA